GCAGAGUGAAGGGGCUGGCGUGGGCUGCUGCUGCUGCUGCUGCUGCUGCCUCUGCUGCCCUUCUUCAGGAGUCAUCUUUGCAGCCUCCUCAUGUCUGCAAAACUCUCUCUUUCUCUCUCUUUCUCGCGCCUUUCCGCGUAAACAUCGGGAAAGAGAAAGUUAUGUGGUGAAGGUGCAAGUGCGUGGUGAUAUCCUCUCUAUCUCUAUCUCUCUUUUUCUUUCUUUCUCCCUCGACUCUCGCAAGUGAAGACCGGAAAUAUGUAUUGGAUGACCCCGUUAGUAAGCUCAACACAGCUGAGCCCCACGCCCACAGCGCCCACGGUGACGGCGCCCACGCCCACACUCCCACACGCCCACCUGGCCGUCAUGUACUCCCCAGCCGCCUAUCCUGACCAACCCACGCCCUAUCCUCUACCCACGCUUGGAGGUGAACAGUCAGCCUUCUAUUCACCCACGGCAGCGGGGCUAGAAUUGAAGGACUCUCUAGCCGCCUCACCAAUGGCUCCCACCUGGCCCUAUCCGUCCGUCUAUUACCCCUACGACACGGCUCUAGCCUCCUAUCCAUUCGCUGGGUAUGGUGUGGGUCUGGAUGCCGCACGCAGGAAGAACGCCACCAGAGAGGCCACCUCGACGCUGAAGGCCUGGCUCAACGAACACAAGAAGAAUCCUUACCCUACCAAGGGUGAGAAGAUUAUGCUGGCUAUCAUCACUAAGAUGACUCUUACUCAGGUCUCCACGUGGUUCGCCAACGCUCGCCGGCGUCUCAAGAAGGAGAACAAGAUGACAUGGGAGCCCAGGAGCAAGACGGACGAAGACGAUGAUGACGAUGAUGAUAAAGACGAUGAGAAGAUUGAUGAUAAAGACGAUAAAGACGAAGAUGAGAAGAAAGACGACAAAGACGACAAAGUAGUAGUGUUUUUGUUCAGUGACGGUGAGAAGGACAAAAAGGAAGUAGAACACGGGCGGUCAAGUGCGGGCGGCACGGGCGUCAGCUCUCCAGGAGCGCCGCCCACAGACGUGGCCCAUCCCAAGCCUCGCAUCUGGUCCCUGGCGGAUAUGGCUACGUCUGGGUGUGUGGGCGGUGGGAGCGCGGGCGGCUUGGGGGGCCUGAGUAGCGGGGCGGGGAAGAUGAUAGGUGGGGGCAUGGCUCGUGGGCUACACCUGGAAGGUUCGCCAUACUCACGCCCACUCUUCCCCCACGCCUCGUACCCCUACAUACCCCCCAGCGUGAGCGAGAGUCUCCUCUCUUACUCCUACAGUAAGACUCUAGCUGCGGGAUUCCCACCCGUCACCCUAGGUGAUGUGACGACCGCCACCCUCCUAGCUCCCUCUCCCCUCGUCCACGACCUCUCCAGACACGACCUAGGACGACCGGAGAUCUCACGACCAGAGGCUCUGCGACCUGAUAUCACCCGCGACCUGACCCGCGACCUGCCCCGACACGAACUGGCUCGACCGGAGCCCCAUCGGCCGGAGCCACGCUCACCUAUGGAUAAGGACGUGUGAUACACUCACGUCAACCACGCCUACGCUCACGUGUGUUAGUGUGAGGACUAUUGGUGAGUGUGGCCCGGUAGCCCGGUACACUUUGGACCGGUGCAUACCUGUGGCCCACCACUACAAGUGUGGCCCGGGAAGGGGGCGCUGGUGAGUGACAGAACGAGGUAGUAUUACCCUCGUAACGACAUCAAAGAGUACAACAACCGCUGCUUCCACCCGGUGCCAAGAAGGCGAAACUGGCAGCGCCUCUCAUUGUGCUACGUGGAAAAGGUGCCAGAGGUGACAGAGAAGAGUGAGAGAGCAGACAGUCAGUGGACAGAAUCCACCGCCCCCAGUGCUGCCAUCUGUGUCACAAACUUAGCGUUAGCCCGCAACACCUUCCCCCUCCCCCUUUCAGUACCUUCACACACAAAACUAAUAAAUUCAUUACCGUCUAUUUUUUAUUUCGCACUAAAGUCAUGUAAAUCGACGUAGACGCCAAAGAUAUUUUAUUUAGCAAUGUUCCUAUAAGUUAUAUAAAGCAGCCGCCUGUGACGCUGGUGUUUACAGGGAAGGGUUUCGACCCCUUGUCAAAAAACACUCCUGUGGAGAGUAAUAACAGUGUGGUGGACAGUAUAACGCCUCUCCCGUGUGUGUGUGUGUUUGUGGCCCCAGGUACCAGUGCCCUUGGGGCAGAUGUUUCGCCCAGCGUGCUACCACGUUCCCUCUUGUGCCAAAAAUGUGAUUUUUGUUUCUUCUAGACAGUGCAGGAUGUGAAGUGAUCAGGUGGAACAAGACAGGCGAGUCUUCCCACACAGGUUCACGUGUGUGUGUGUGUGUGUGUGUGUGUGUGUGUGUGUGUGUGUGUGUGUGUUUGUGUGUGUGUGUGUGUGUGUGUGUUUGUGUGUGUGUGUGUGUGUGUGUGUGUGUGUGUGUUGUGUGUGUGCUCCCAAACACGUUCACAUGUUGUGUGUGUGUGUGUGUUCCCAUACACGUUCGCUUGUGUGUGUUUACACACGUUCACGUGUUGCGUGUGAGUGUUUCGGAACCUGGGACAACUGGCCAAUACCACCAACAAGCGUGGUCGAGACGGAGCUUGACGUCUCGCUCAGUGUUGAACCUGAUAAUGGCAACACUGGGCGAAACAUCUCCAGAAUUUUUAUGCAGCACUAUGUGCCUUUACAGUUCUGGAACUUCCCGUGGUUUGCCCAGAGAAACACACACACACACACACACACACACACACACACACACACACAC